AUGUCUUCAACAAACUUAGACUUGGCUGAUCCGGAACAUCCAAAAGAUUUAAAAGCUCCUUAUUUGAAAUUAUACUCACUCGAAACUCCAAAUGGUCAAAAAGCUACUUUAUAUUUGAAACUAUUAGGAAUUGAUUACACCCUAAGAAGAUUGGAUAUUAGAACAAACAUCCAAAAAGAACCUUGGUUUAUUGCAAUCAACCCAAAUGGUCGUAUCCCAACUUUAAGUGAUGUUGAUGCUCAAGGGAAACAAACAAUUUUAUUUGAAACUGGAGCAAUCUUGUUAUAUUUAGGUGAAAAAUAUGACAAGGAACGUAAAUACUAUUAUUCACUUAAUGAUGAACAUUAUUGGGAUCAAAUCAAAUGGUUAACUUUCCAAAUUGCCUCCCACGCUCCAUAUCAAGGUCAAGCUAAUCAUUUCCAACAUUAUGCUCCAGAAAAAAUUGAAUAUGGUAUUAAGAGAUACAAAGCCGAGACUGAAAGAGUCUUUGGAGUUUAUGAAUUGAGAUUGAAAGAAAACAAUGGUUGGUUAGUUGGUGAUCAUUUGAAUAUUGCUGAUAUUGCCGCUUUCCCAUGGGUUAAAAUUUAUGCUUAUAAUGAUAUUGAUAUUGAUCAAUUCCCUCACUUGAAGGCUUGGAUUGAAAAAAUCAAAAACAUUGAUGGUGUUCAAGCAGGUUUGGAUGUUAAAUGA